GCGGGAGCGGCUCCGGGCGCGGCGGCACCGGCAGCGGGCACGGCGGCACCAUGGACGACUUGGACGCCUUACUGGCAGACCUGGAAUCAACCACCUCUCAUAUCUCCAAACGCCCAGUGUUUCUCACGGAGGAAACUCCUUACUCCUACCCAACUGGAAACCACACGUACCAGGAGAUUGCUGUGCCACCCCCGGUGCCCCCACCGCCUUCCAGCGACGCCCUGAAUGGCACCGUGAUCGACCCCUCAGAGCAGUGGCAGCCCAGCACACCCAGAUACGGCCACCAGCAGCCUCAGUCCCAGUCUCCUAUAUACAGCUCUAGUGCCAAAAGCUCCAGUGCCUCCGUUCCUAGAGACGGGCUCAACUCUCCUACUCCCCGUGCCAGUGAAGAGGAACACGUCUACAGUUUCCCAAACAAGCAGAAGUCUGCAGAACCGUCUCCUACAAUGACCAGCUCCUCUCUGGGCAGCAACCUCUCAGAACUGGACAGGCUCCUUCUGGAACUGAAUGCUGUUCAACAUACCCCUGCCAGUGGCUUCACAGCAGAUGAGGCUGGCAGAAGCCCAUCACUGCCCAGCGUGGCUGGCCCUCACUAUGUUGUCCCAGAGAACAGCAGCUCAGGGGGAGGGAAGGCUGCACCCCCGACAAAGGAGAAGCCAAAGCGAAAUGGUGCCCGUGGGAUUGAAGAUGUGCGUCCCAGCGUGGAGAGCCUGCUGGAUGAGCUGGAGAGCUCCGUGCCAAGUCCAGUGCCUGCAAUCACUGUGAGCCAGGGUGAGGUGAGCAGCCCCCAGCGUGUCACGGCCAGUCAGCAGCAGACCCGAAUUUCUGCUUCUUCAGCUACACGAGAACUGGAUGAGCUGAUGGCAUCUCUCUCUGACUUCAAGACUAGUUCCACUAUGUCUCUGAUUUCUGAAUCUUCCCUUGAACCGGUUCCCAGUUCAGCUAAUGCAGACUCCAGCAACACUCCUCACAGUUUAGCCGUGCUGUCCCAUUCCAAACACCCUUCUGCAAGUCACAGUGGGGACUCAACAGUGCCAGCAUCUGUCCCCCCAGCAGACACCUGCAUUGAGGAGGGCAGUGACACUGCAGUUCUGCCUGUGGCAGGGCACCCUGCUGCCCCUCCACCUGUGCCCCAUUUAGCACAAGCUGUCCCUGUGCCCCCACCACGGAGCUCCUCUGGUUAUGCUACUCGUGGGGAGCAAGUGGCCUCUGCCAGCUUAGUUCAGCUGAACAGAAAGCCUGACUCUUCCAGAAAUACUUUCCAGGCUGUGCCAGCUUCCAAUGUGGAGCUUCUCUGUAGGUCUGCUACUGUGGAGGCACGGGGCUUAGGUUAUGAUGCGGCAAAAGAGACUGAGAAGAAGGAGCAGAGAACUGACCCCAAAAUCUCAAGUGUACCCAUUUCAAAGAAGGGGAAGAUAGCCAAGGAGCUGCAUCAGCAGGGAGCAGCACUCAGGGAAAACUCAGCUCUUUCGUCCCAGGGCAGAAGUGUGGAAACAGCUUUAGAUGAGCUGUGGCCCCUGGAGCUGCCUGCACAUGUGCCAGAGGUGCUUGCAAAGAAUGACAGUGUUUUGGAUUCUGUUAAUGAACCUUCUGUUGUUGCCCUGGAUCGGUGGGAUGUCUUCCCAGACACUAAAAACCAGUUGGGCUUUGUAGUGAAGCAAGGACAGGAGCUAAAAGCUGAAGUGCCACAUGAAACCAAGGUAUACCACAGUCCUGAUGUGGGCAAGAAGAGGCAGGGCAGAGACAGAACUAGGAAGGCAGGUGCUGCUAACACGAACAAGGCCAGAGGAGACCAGGAAAAGGAGCAAUUCAGAAGCUCUGCAGUCACUCCGGAAUCUCCUGAAACCUUUGGGAAGGCUGGAUGGGAUCUGCCAUGUGUCUCCAAACCACCCAUUGAGAGGAUUUCUGCAUCAGGCCAGGCAGGCACUGAGUGAAUGUAGGAGUAGGGCG